UACAUUCACAGCUACCUGCCGUUUAUUAUGAUCCUGACCACAAAUAUCAGGAGUGUGGAGGAGACGUCCGUUUACGUCCACCAGAUGCCCUUCACCCACGCCCCGGAGCUGUUCACGGGCGUCCUCUUCGGCUGCCUGGCGGCCCAGCCCCGCAAGCUGGGCCGAUGGUCGCGAGCGUUCACGUGGACGCUGGCGGCGAUAGCGGCACUCGCGUCGGUCUUCGGCGUGUACAGCUGGAGCCGUGGACGGGCGCCAGAGGCGCUCGAGUCCGCCUUCUUCGCCGGACUGCACAGGUUCGCCUGGGCCUUCGCCGUGUCCUGGACGAUGUACGCCUGCGCGUCAGGCUGCGGCGGGCUGAUCCACAAGCUGCUGGCUUGUCCGCUCUGGUACCCGCUGGGUCGGCUCUCGUUCGGCGUGUACCUCCUAAACCCCAUGGUGAUUGUCGUCAACAUUGUUCUAAGCAGGGAACGCAAGACGUACCAGCCUUUCCUCGGCAUCGAAUGUCCAGUCGAAGGUUUGGACGCCGUGCUCUUCCAAUGGAUGAAGGCUGAGCCCGCCGCCCGAAGCGAAGUUCCUAAACAGAACGAGCGGCUAGAACUGAAGCUGAAAACAUGAG